GUGAAGGAGAAUAUUGCAACGUCAGACGAUGUUUCUGGAGUAACGUUAAGAGGAAGUUAUCCUAGUUAUUUCUCUUUAUCGGAAAAGUUGGGAUCGAAGGAUUUAAUUCACCGGUAACCUCGAAAAAAUAACUUUUUUACUAAAGGUUUGAAGCCUUUUUGACGGCAGGAUGAUGGACGACGACCAGCCCAAGACACUGUAUGUCGGGAACCUCUCAAGGGAGGUAACAGAGGCCCUCAUCUUGCAAGUGUUCACCCAGAUUGGCCCCUGCAAGAGCUGUAAAAUGAUCAUUGACACGGCAGGAAAUGACCCAUACUGCUUUGUGGAGUUCUACGAACACAUGCACGCUGCCGCUGCACUCGCUGCCAUGAAUGGAAGAAAAAUAUUAGGCAAGGACAUGAAGGUCAACUGGGCCUCGAUGCCAAGCAGUCAGAAGAAAGACACAAGCAAUCACUUCCAUGUCUUUGUUGGUGAUCUGAGUCCAGAAAUCUCCACAGAUGAUGUCAAAGCAGCCUUUGCUCCUUUUGGGAAAAUAUCGGAUGCUCGCGUGGUGAAGGACCUGGCCACUGGGAAGUCCAAAGGAUACGGCUUCAUCUCCUUCAUCAACAAAUGGGACGCGGAGAACGCCAUUCAGCAGAUGAAUGGCCAAUGGCUGGGAGGCAGGCAGAUCAGAACCAACUGGGCCACCAGGAAGCCUCCUGCCCCCAAGUCCAACUACGAGAGUGGCUCUAAGCACCUGUCCUAUGAUGAGGUGCUGAGCCAGUCCAGCCUGAGUAACUGCACCGUGUACUGCGGCGGCGUCACCUCCGGCCUCUCGGAUCAGCUGAUGAGACAGACGUUCUCUCCAUUCGGGCAGAUCAUGGAGAUCAGAGUUUUCCCGGAUAAAGGCUAUUCGUUUGUGAGGUUUGACUCCCACGAGGCCGCGGCUCACGCCAUUGUGUCGGUGAAUGGCACGUGUAUUGAGGGCCACAUGGUCAAGUGCUACUGGGGCAAAGAAACCGCCGACGUGAGAGCCAUGCAGCAGAUGCCCAUGCCUCAGCAGAGUAACCCGGCUUACGCCGCCCCGCCGUAUGGCCAGUGGAGCCAGUCCUAUGGGAACGGGCAGCAUAUGGGCCAAUACAUGCCCAAUGGCUGGCAAAUGCCCACUUAUGGAGUGUAUGGCCAGGCCUGGAACCAGCAGGGCUAUAAGUAAGUACAGACAUGGGUAUCCCUUCGCCGCCUCCACAAUGGAACCAUCACACUUGCUCCACUAAGGCAAAUGUCCAGCAGGAUGUACUAUUAUGCCAAUGAGGAGGGGGUGUGAAAGGACUACAUUCAACCCAGUGUACAGUAUAUUCGGAUCAAUAAUAUGCCCUUGCCACUGAAUUUUUAUUUUCCACCCCCCCCCCCCCUUUCUUUCCUGUUCUCUGGACAGCUUUUUAAGGUCAAGUUGUCAGUCUUUUUAAAAGAAAAUAGAAAAAUAAAACCUUGCACCUUUUUUUUUGAGUUGUUGUUUGUUUUGGUUUAGUUUUUUUGUUAAUUUUGGAAUUUGAGGUAAUUUCUCUCUCCCCCCCCCCCACUUUUUUCAGUAGUCUCGCCCCUUAACAGGACACUUUUUUUUUUUUUUUUUUUUUUUUUUUUUUUUCCCUUGUAUAAAGCAAUGCUUGUUUUGUAUGACUUUUAGUUUAUUGAUUUUACUCCCUUUAUCGUUCUAAAACCAUCACUUCUGUACAUCUGGUUUUUCGGGGUUUGUGUGUGCGUGUGCUUUUGAUGCUGUUUCCUUUUGUUUUCAUCACUGAGGUUUUCAGGAAUUUAAUCUGGACCCCCCUUAACAUGCAGGCAUUUGGAGUGUUAUUUUCAUACAGGUAGUUGGGCAUACGCCUCCUAGACUGGAGGAGACCUUUCUCAGUGGCCUUCAUAUCUACUUGAAAUUAUCAGAACUGCAUGUGAAGUAACAUUGUUCUUAAUUUUGUUUUCUCCAGCUUUUAACAAAAUUCAUUAAAAUGUUCCCCAUUUCCCCCUCAAAUUGAUUUUU